GCUAUUUUCUCUUGUAAAAUUUUCAUCCAUUUAUUUUUUAUCCAUUUUGUAUAUAUAUAUAUAUAUCUAUCUAUCAGCAUACAUAGCAUCUGCUUUCUUAUAUUAAAGUGACGCACUACGCCAGAACAAUGACACAAGUACAUCCCGAUAAAAAAAUCGUAUUAAAGUCGCAAAUACAGAAAUCCGUUUUAAGAACGUUCACUUGCUUAACCAUGGCCUACCUAAUAUGCGGCAUAGCUGCACUAUCAAUCGGCACAUACUACGCCAAAGCGACAGACGAGGGGAAACGCAUAUACAUAGUCACAGCGUAUGCCUUGAAAGCAUACGCUCCGUUGGGAAUAUACUUUAUAGUAUGCUCGCUCUUGGGAUUUUUAGUGGCUCUGGCCCCACUGAGGCGCAAACGAUUACUCCACGGGUUUGUUUUUGCGCUCGGUCUGAUAACCUUAAUCAUGUUUUGCAUCAGCAUCUGGAUAUGGACAAGGACGCUUAACAUCAAUGGAUUAUAUGCGCUUUCUUGGCGCAACGAGUGGUCGGACGUUAUUAAGGAUGCGUUUCAGCGCGACGGGUCAUGCUGUGGCUUUUUGAGUCCAGCGGAUAGUCCCUUUAUGGCGUCGGCGUCCUGUCAGAAUACAAGUAUUGACUACGGAUGCAUGUAUACGGUUAUCUUUUAUGCUCAGAAAUAUCACCGGUUGAUAUACGCCGGGCUUAUUAUAUUCAAACUUAUUGGCGUUGGUGCUAUGGUCUCGGGUAUUAUUCUUCUGGGCCAGUGUCGCAAAGAGGAGCGCUUAAAGCGGGCGUAUGUGCAUUAUUGGGCUAGAAAGGCCAGAAGAUAUAAUAAUUCUCUGGAAGAUACAGCCGUUCACGAGAUGCACGAGAUGCAGACUAUGGAUACUCAAGGUCGGCUCCGGAACUAACAUUUUUUGGGGUGGUCAAUGUACCUCUGUCUCACAAAGCAUCGUAUAUCCACUCGAUGGAGAUUUUGCGCAAGCAUUUUGAAAAUCACAAUUUAUAAUCCAGUUUUCUUUAUCAAAAACAGCUCAUUUACUUUGUUUUUUUG